CCCUGGCGUCGUCGACGAAAACCACUUUUCAAACAUUACCGGUUGACCGUUGAGCUCGCGCUUGGCUGCCCUUGUAAGGGGUGGCGAUUUAAUUUCGUCAAUUAACCCCUUUCCGUCGAGGUUCGUCCGCUAAAACAACAAAUAUCAAGAUGUUCGGACGUGUGAUUAAAAAGGCUUCACCUCGCAAGAGGAAAUCGUUGACCAUGAAGCACGGGACGGCAUCCAAGAGGCUUUCCAAUGUUGGUCUUCUGGCCACUCCGAGUGCCAAAGGCUCGGCCACCUGUAGCAGCAACAUCAAAGUGCUUUUGCGAGUGCGACCUUCGUCUAGGAAGGAGUUGGACGACAACAGGUGGAGGGACGUUGUCGAGGUUGUUGACAAAGAUUUGGUCAUCUUCGACCCUAAAGAAGAGGAGGACUUUUUCUUCCACCACGGAAAAAAGCAGGCUUUCAGGGACAUAAACAAGAAGCAACCAAAGAACUUGCAGUUCAAUUUCGACCAGGUCUUUGGUUCGGAAGAAUCGACUGCUGAGGUUUACCAGAAGUCCAUUCAGGGACUGAUUUACAACUUGAUGAAUGGCUACAACUGCUCGGUUUUUGCUUACGGAGCAACUGGCGCUGGCAAAACCUUCACCAUGCUUGGCACUCCGGAGGCACCUGGUAUCACUCCCCUUCUAAUGAAGGAACUCUACGACACUUUGCAGCAGGAAAACGCUGAUGUUGACGUUGCUGUCUCUUAUUUGGAAAUUUACAAUGAGAUGGUGCACGAUUUGUUGGUGGAAACAAAUCCGCCCAAGCAGCUUCAACUGCGAGAUGACGGGGCAUGUGUGAUUGUUAGCGACCUGAGUUGGCACCGACCGGCUACCGCAGACCAACUGAUGUCCAUUUUGCAAGCUGGCAACCUUCGGAGGACGCAGCACCCAACUGAUGCAAACAAGGAGUCUUCUCGAUCACAUGCUGUUUUUCAAGUUUUGGUUAAGAUGAAGAAGAGGAGUGACACUGGAGGCAGGUCUGGCCAAGUGAGGUGCGCCAAGUUGUCAAUGAUUGACUUGGCAGGGUCUGAGAGAGCAGCAGCAACAACCAACAAUAAAUGCCGGUUUGCUGAAGGGGCCAACAUCAACAAGUCCCUGCUUGCUUUGGGCAACUGCAUCAACGCUUUGGCUGACGGACUGAAACACGUUCCUUUCCGCAACUCCAAACUGACGCGACUGCUAAAGGGCUCGCUUGGGGGAAACUGCCAAACCGUGAUGAUCGCCAACGUCUCCCCCAGUAGUGCCGUCUAUGAAGACACUUACAACACCCUCAAGUAUGCCACAAGGGCCAAGAAGAUCAAGAACAGGGUCAAGAAGAACCUGAUCUCUGUUGACAUCACCGCAGCGGAGACUGCAAGGGAGUUGGACUCGGCCAAGGCUGAGAUUGCAAGGCUGCAGGCCCAGAAUGCUGCUCUGCGGGCGGAGAAUGAUUCGCUUAAGUUAGCAGCUAAGGAGCAUGUCUGUGCAGGUGCACCCGUUGUGGUCGAACAACCCGUUGUCACAGUGGUGCAGGAAACACCGCCCCCUAUUCAAAUUGUCCAGGAGUUGCCAACACCUGAACCGAGUCCAAAACCUGCCAGUCCGGCAGUUGAGGAACAGAAGAAUUUGGAAAUUCUGGAAAUGCUGAGGGCCCUUCGAGAGUCAUGCAAACAAUUUGAGACUGCGGCAGCCACCAAGUACACUUUGGUCGCUGAGUUAGAUAAGUUGGAGUACAACUACGACAUCAAGAAACUCAAGUUCCAGAGGAUUAAUGAACUUAGCAAGGAGGGAACUCAGAUAAAGGAGUCGUCACAUGAGAUUAAAGUCAAGGCCCAAAGGAUCAACCUUGAACAAAAGCUGGAGGAAGCCACGCUUGAAGAACAAAGGUGUUUUGAGACAAUUAAAUUGUCCAUCUCCUCUCUACAGCAAAUUGACUCUACCAUUUUCAACUUGGCCAACAUCAUGCUCAAUCCCUACUGUGAAGGCAAGGAGAAGGAACUGCGGUUUGCAACCUGUUCAAAGCUCUCAGUUCAAAAGAGUACGGAGAUUGAAACUAUCCAAAGCGCCUUCCUCAAAUGCGCUUCCGUCCUGCACAAGUGCUUCUUCACUCUGAAAGGCCUGUGCUGCGUGAGCCCCGAGCUGCAGGCGCAGUUCGACGAACUGCUCUCGUAUGUGCGGCAAAGUGGAAGCGUCAAAUUCAAAUCGGCGGAUGAGGAAGACGAGGUUGACUCAGCUCUCAAAAAGAGCGACGAAGACUUUGACAACUUCAUGGACGAAUUCGAGCAGGAGCUGCUGGCGAGACCUCUUGACCAGACCUUCAACGCAGAACCUAAAGUUGUAAACACUGAAAGUAUGGAUGCUACUUUCUGCGUCGAAAACCCCAGUGCUGCCAAGAAAUCGAAAUUCUCACCACCGAGACGGCCGAUGGAAGCACCCUUCAGGGUCAAACCCUAUUCUGGUGGUUUCAAGAAAAAGCCAGGCACCCCCAUGAGGAGUGCGUUCAGAAACAAGCUGAAAAUGGCAGGCGGUUCUGCCAGCUCGGCAGCGAGAAUAGCAAAGCCUGUUCAGGUCAAGAAGUUUGUGACCAACAAAGAAAACGAUCCAGCAUAGCACCCAGCUCGUCAGCUUGAUUCGUGGAAAUUUACAAAGUAACCAAUCUAGUGUGAAUUCACACAGCAGACAAGAGAAAUUAUUUAUUUCUUCCUCUAACCUGUCUCAUUUUAACUGCCUGUAAAUAACAUAGCUCUCUUCCUAUCAUUUGUAAAUAACACACACUUAUGUUCUGUGUCGCCAAUUCGGAUGCAUUUAUUAGCAAAGUUAUUAAAAAAGAUGAGCGCGUUGCUUUUGAUAGAUUUUACUCAAGUGACAACAUAGUUGAGUUAAUAAAUAAGAAGUUUUGCUGAAUAAUAAAUAAUAAUGCACUGCUUUUGUACAAUAAUCAGUGUCUGUUUUU